AUGAGCUCGUCAUCACGCAUACCACCUCUCCUACAACCCUAUGUUAAGCUUCCUCGCGAAGAUUCGCUACUCCUCCUCACGAGCACACUCGGCGCCAGCGCGAACUGGUUGCUGAUACGGUUCCUUUGUGAUGCGCUGAGCAACAACAACCACGAUGGCGGGGCAGAUGAAGGUCACAAUGUGGUACUCGCCUCAUGGAUGAGGGAUUAUGAGUUCUGGAAGCAGGAAGCUAGAAAGGGUGCAGGGUUGGAUCUGGAGAGGCUGAGGAGGGAAAAGAGAUUUGCAUUCGUGGACGGAUUGAGUGGGCUGGUCAUGGGCGAUGUGAAGGACGCGCACAUCCAGCAGCCGCAAGCGCAAGGCCAAUCCAUGCCACCGCGACCUCAGGCGCAAUCACCCCCGCAAAGGGCUUCACCAAUGUUACCCGUCAGAGGACCACCGGGGCGCAUAGUACCUGCGAGAGGCCCGCCAGCACCCACGGCGCAACCAGCCCGUCCAGCAUCAAGUACGACUGCGCCCGCCGCAGCGACACCGCAAUCGAACACGAGUAGCCAGACCGCACUAGAGCACCACACCCUCACCUCUCUCGAUCUCACGCACCUCAAGACCACGCUCACAGCCGCCAUAGCCUCCCUAAUCUCGACACCCACGCGGAAGACUCUCCUGAUACUCGACACGCCCGACCUUCCCCUCGCCCUCACCUCCACCUCUCCCAGCGUCUUCACGUCACUCAUCCUGCAACUCCACAACACACCGACCGUGUCCCACAUCCUGACCCACCUCCACGCCGACACGCCGCUCCUGACCCCGAGCGCGCCACCGCAACCGCUCGAAACCGCACAAUACAACUUCCUGACCAAAGUCGCGCAUAUGUCGCGGAGAGUGAUCGGUACCCGAGUGCUGGAUACGGGGGUCGCGCGGGACGUGAGCGGUGUGGUUAGGGUCACCGAGCAGCGGGUGGGGUGGGGUGAUUUGGGGCUGGAGGGCGAGGAUGGGAAGAUGGACGCUGACGAUAGUGGCAAGGGGAAGGAGUUCUUGUAUCAGGUCAAGGGAGAUGGGAGUGUCAAGGUUUUCGAGAGGGGCGCUGGUGGUGAGGGUUGA